AUGGAGCCUAAACAGAAGAAGAAAUUUCUUGACAAAUAUAGAAGAAGAUUAGGUAUGGAAGCUGCAAUCUCUAAUGUAAAUGCCAAAAUUUGGUUAUUUUUUGAUUCUGUUGUGGAAUGGGAUCUCUUGAUUGACACUGAGCAACAAAUGACCAUGAGAGUGUAUCAUCAGGAUCUUGGUAAAUACAUUAUGAUGACAUUUGUAUAUGCUAAGUGCAGUGCAUUAGAGAGGCUGGAAUUAUGGGACAAUCUAUACUAUUUGGCUAGUGAUAUGGAGCUGCCAGGGCUAGUAGGGGGUGAUUUCAAUGUAGUGUUGGGAGAGGAAGAGAAGAUAGGUGGCCUACCAGUGCACCCUCCAGAGUAUGAAGAUUUUGCAUUCUGUGUCAACUCUUGUGGCUUGUUUGAUCUUGGCUACAAGGGUAGCCCUUUCACAUGGUGGAAUGGGAGGCCAAAUGAAGAGUGUAUCUUUAAAAGACUUGACAGAAUCCUUGUGAACAUGCCCUUUCAAUCCUUAUUUCCUACAAUAGAGGUUGAGCACCUCAGUAGAACAGGAUCUGAUCAUGCACCACUUUUGAUGAGCUGUGGAGAGGAAGCUAUGAAAUUUAAAUUGAAGAGGGUUAAGAUUGCUCUUUCAAAAUGGAGUAAAUUAACCUAUGGGGAUAUCUUCAAGCAGCUAGCUAUCAGGGAGGAUGUGGUAAGGAUUAAGGAGAUGCUUUUUGAAGAAGAUCCUUCAAUAGAGAAUAGAAUAGUACUUCAACAAGCUCAAGCUGAGUUGAAGAAGUACUUGAGCAUUGAGGAGCAAUAUUGGAAACAAAAGGCAGGUAUGACUUGGUUUGAAGAAGGAGACAGAAAUACAAGGUUCUCCCAUAAUUGUGUCAAUGGGAAGAGGCAAAAGUUACAAUUAAAAAGGAUCCAGAAUAGUGAUGGCUCAUGGAUUGAAGAUCAAGACAAGUUAUCUGAGGCUGCAGUGGAGUUUUUCCAGAAGUAA